AAGGGGCUGUGGCCCGGCGCUGCCCAGCAGGCCCAGCAGCCCCAGGGCGGAUGGCUCGGGCCACUUGGCUCCUCCGCGCUCUCCCGCGCGCCCUCCUGCUCCCACCGCCUCCGCUGCUGUUGCUGUUGCUGCUGCUCCCGCCGCCAGGGCUGAUGGCCCGGGCCAGGUCACCGGAUAUCCACCACUACCACCCUGUGAAGAGAGGGCUGCAGCCCUUGCACAGGGCUCUGCCUAGAAGCUUGACAUCUGUCCCUGCCUCCCACCAGGCCCCUAGGCCUAAUGGUAGCUCCAGACCUCCAAGAUGUGGUGUACCUGACCCACCUGAUGUGCUGAAUGCCCGCAACAGGCAGAAGCGCUUUGUACUGUCAGGAGGGCGCUGGGAGAAGACAGACCUCACCUACAGCUUCCUGAGUGCUGGGAUGAAAGGUAUGCAUCACCAUUCCCAGUUCCCAGGGGCUUCCUUGCUGCAUGCCCAGACCCCUCCACCUCCCCCCAGGAUCCUCCGGUUCCCAUGGCAGCUUAUAAGGGAGCAGGUGCGACAGACAGUGGCAGAAGCUCUCCAGGUGUGGAGUGAGGUGACACCGCUCACCUUCACUGAGGUGCAUGAGGGACACGCUGACAUCAUGAUCGACUUCACCAGGUACUGGCAUGGGGACAACCUGCCAUUUGAUGGGCCUGGGGGCAUCCUGGCCCAUGCCUUCUUCCCCAAAACCCACCGAGAAGGGGAUGUGCAUUUUGACUAUGAUGAGACUUGGACUAUUGGGGACAACCAAGGCACAGACCUGCUGCAAGUGGCAGCUCAUGAAUUUGGCCAUGUGCUGGGGCUGCAACACACCACAGCAGCUAAGGCCCUUAUGUCCCCUUUUUACACCUUCCGCUAUCCCCUGAGUCUCAGCCCAGAUGACCGCAGGGGCAUCCAGCACCUCUAUGGCCGGCCCUGGCUUGCCCCCACCUCCCAGGCCCCAGCCUUGACCCCCCAGGCUGGGAUAGAUACCAACGAGAUUGCAUUGCUAGAGCCGCAAACCCCACCAGAUGCUUGUGAGGCCUCCUUUGAUGCAGUUUCCACCAUCCGAGGCGAGCUCUUCUUCUUCAAGGCAGGCUUUGUGUGGCGGCUACGUGGUGGCCAGUUGCAGCCUGGAUAUCCUGCUCUGGCCUCUCGCCACUGGCAAGGACUGCCUAAUCCUGUGGAUGCAGCUUUUGAAGAUGCCCAGGGCCAUAUCUGGUUCUUCCAAGGUGCUCAGUACUGGGUAUAUAAUGGUGAGAAGCCAGUCCUAGGCCCUGCACCACUCUCUGAGCUGGGCCUGGAGGGAUCCCUAGUCCAUGCCGCCUUGGUUUGGGGUGCUGAGAAGAACAAGAUCUACUUCUUCCAAGGUGGAGACUAUUGGCGUUUCCACCCCAAGACCCGUCGUGUGGACAAUCCUGUACCCCGCCGUGCCACUGAUUGGCGAGGGGUGCCCUCUGAAAUAGAUGCUGCCUUCCAGGAUGCUGAGGGCUAUGCCUACUUCCUGCGCGGCCAUCUCUACUGGAAGUUUGACCCUGUGAAGGUGAAGGCUCUAGAGGGCUUUCCUCGCCUUGUAGGUCCUGACUUCUUUGGCUGUGCAGAGCCUGCCAACACUUUCCGCUGACCACAACUUGGAUGCUUUCAGGGGUGCUAACCCCUGCUAGGCCACUUAUAUCAGGAAAGAGACCCAUAGCCGUCUUUGUGGCUCUGGGCAUAAGGCAUAAGACAGAGCCUAUGUCUCCUCAGGGGGGUGGGUUGGGGGUACAACCACCAUGACAGCUGCAGAGAGGGCCACGCUGGUCGUGGUCACCUGCCAGCAACCGUCUCGGACAAGGCAAAGGCUUUGGCAUUGCCUAAGGAUGAGAGAGGUCUUGGGCCUCCAUCUCUGGCCCUUAAGGUGGCACCUUGACAGGGUUGCAGGAACCACGGUUCCUGCUGGGUCCUGGUGCUAAAAAUGAGAUGUAGGGGCACCAUUCUGCCUUGCCCAAGCAACCAGGCCCUGGAGUAGGGCCUUUCCUGAGAAACAGGCUCUGGGGAGAUACUAGAUCUCGCUACCUUCUGACAGGCCAAAAGGUACAUAGGCAGCUGGGGAAGCUGCUGCUUCCUCCUGGAGACCCUGAGCCCCAGAGGCCCCAACAUACCUCAGCCUUGUCCCAGGCUGGUCUUCCUGGAGCCCUCAUUCUAGCACUGGUAUCCUCCAAAGCCAAUGUAAAUCUGUGUACAGUGUACAAAGCCUUUUUGUUUUUUUUUUAACUGAAGACUGUCAUUAAACAUGUAUGUUUUCUAAGUGUCUGCCUGGUCUUCUUUGCAACUGCAGUCAGCAUGGUCAGCCCUACUCUGGGAGCAAGGGUCAAAGCCCUCAUUCUUGAAGUUUCCUGGAGCUAGGCACAAUGCAUAGGGUUUCUCCUGCUCUAUUCCUGCACACUCAGGAGGGACACCUGCAGUGGCUUUUUAACUAGCUGUUUGAGUGAUCAUUUUAUCUGAUGAUGCCCCCCCCAACCGGGUUUUAUUUUGUUUUGUUUUGUUUUGAGAAAAGGUCUAUGUUGCUCUGGCUGACCUGGAAUUCACUAUGUAACGUAGACCAGGCUGGCCUCAAAGUCAUAGAGCUCUGCCUAACUCUUCCUCCCAGGUGCUGGUAUAAAAGGUGUGUACCACCAUUGUAGCUCCUGCCACAGCUACAAUUUCAUUAGACCGACCCUUAUGAAAUAAUCACUUGUGUUCACUAGUGGCCUUAAAAAAUUUUUUUUCAUGCAAGGAUCUAUUAUGUUGAGUACAUCUCCCAUCCCCUUACCUUCCUUUUCCUCUACCUCCUGUUAGUCCCCUUGUUCCUCUAGUUUUCUUUCAUGUCCUAUACAAAACGAUUUCUGUAUUUUGUCUGAAAUUGACUUAAUUCCUUUUUUCUUUUUUUAAAUCCCCAGUUGCACUGAUAUUCCUGCAAACAACAUAAUUUCCUUUUUGUGACUGAGAAACAAUCCAUUUUGUAUAUAUCACAUUUUCUUUGCCCAUUUCUCUACUGUUGGGAUUCCUACCUAGGUUGGCCCCAUACCUUGACUAU